CUGUGUUUCAUUUAUCAUUAGUUCGAAUGAGACAGAAUGAUUCUUUUAUGUACUAUAUUUUUGUUCACUGAAUAUAUGUAGAGCAAAAGGGAUAUGAUAGUGGGACAACACCAUCAUGUGGAGAAUUCACUGAAGUUAGCUUCAUUGCGCAAACUAAGGAUGUGUGAUAUGAUAAUAAUGUCUGUAUAUAUUCCGUAACAAAAAGAAUAAUCGGUUUCUUGUGAAGGAUUAAAGUGAAAUUUUGUUGUGGAUAAUUUUUAAAACUUUUAUCAAAUAAAAAAAAAAUGUUAUUACAUGAAGUAAUGUUAAAAUUUCGUGUUAAUCAUUGUGCAUAUUUUAUUACUUCUAUGAAUAGAUUUCACACAUCUUCCACUACGUGUUUAGAUCAAGGAUGGAGGCGAACGAAAGGUUUAGUAACAAAUCCUAAUACAGCUGGACCAUUGCUUAAUUCACAAGAUUAUUCAUUUGAAGAUAAAAGACCUACUCCUUAUGGUUCGGGGCAAUUACGUCGUAUACGGAAACAUCAAGAAUAUGCGAGAAGGAUUAUUCAACUAGUUUAUGAAGUUGAUUUUGCAGUUGAACGACAUGCUAAAUUAUUGAAAGAAAAAGAAGAACAAAGACAAAAAAUUCUGGAUAGCAAAUUGAAACCUAAAGGAGAGAAAUUAAUCGCAAGUACAUAAUGGUCUUGGUCCUAUUUCAUAUGUAUAUAAGUAAAUACAAAUAAUAACAUUAUUAUGCAAUGAUA